ACCGAGGUGCGUAUUUUGGAGUUUGGUAAAUGACUGCAGCAGGAAAAUAUAGUGUCGAAGCGCACAGAGCUGGCACUGCUGUGUGUGCGAGAGAGUGCGUGUCGGUGCGCGCCAGGCAGUGGUCUCCUCUCCUGCCAUGAGAGGGUCCACAUCAGUCUGACACACAGGACAUCAUCUUAUAAAACUCUGAUCGACAGAGGGACUGCCGUUUCUUUUGUCGGGAUUUAACGCGCCCGGUGCGCCGGUGGGAGCGGACGCGAAGAGCAGCAGCGGUCGCCGGCGCGUCUCCAACUUGACCACCACUAGACAAUGGGAGCAGCUGAGCCGAGCUGCUGCAGCGCCAAGUACUACUACAACUGCUCGCCCCUGGGAGAUAAGUACGAGGAGAAGAGGGAGAACCAGCAGCGAGAGGAGGGGGUGAAGAAGGAGAGGGAGAAGAGAAGGCAGACGUGUUGUACCUGCAGCAGCAGCGCCGGGACCCCCACAGCAGCCGAUACGCACAGAUCCAGAACAACGCUCCGGCUUCCCCAGGGAUCCAUGUGAGACAGAAACUGCAGAUGUGAGAGAAAGCUCUCCUCUGUGAGCGGAUGUUGGGAAUAUAACACAUUCGUAUUUGUUUCAGCGCUCCAGGACAAGAGGACGCAGGUUUCUGCAGUCACACAGCCAGUGAAGGAAUAUGUCUCAUUUCUCUGUUAACUGCGGCGGAGCGCGCAGACCGGACCUCAGAGUCAUUGCUUGUAUUCGUGUCAAGUAUUAGCAGCCUGUAAGCAGCUGCUGUCCUCUGAGACCAGAGAACCCCCCCUCCCCUCCCCUCCCUUCUUUGUCCCCGGUUGUCCCCCCUUGAACCAAAACCUGGACGCGCUUACUCCUCACGGUCCCUCCGUCUGCCUCUGUCCGAGGUCCUGUACACAUUUCGGCCUGGAUUCGGUGGAUUUUCUGUUGCGGCGGCGCUGGAGGAGUGAGAACGGACACAGGCAUGAUUUUGUGGAGAGUGAAGUGAUGGCCAUCCCGCGGCUCGGCACCGGAGAACACGGGAUCUGAAACUGUCACGCACCCACAGAGAAGCAGGACAUUCCGGGCUCACCUUGGAGGUCAUAAACCACCACCCCAGCCCCCCCUAAGUCCCUGUCACCAGACCUCAUUCUCAGUCUCUUCUGAAGAGUGUCCAACACCUUCACAACCUCCCUCCAAAUAAAAUGAGACUAGCAAAAAUGUGCCGACUGAACGCGCUGGGGAUCUAUUUGUGGGAAACAGUUUUAUUUUUCAGUUUAGCAGCGUCAAAAGAAGCUGCGGCGAGGAAAGCAACAACCCCGAUGCCACCGUCUGAGUUUCUGGACAAACUCAUGGGGAAAGUCUCGGGUUACGACGCCAGAAUCCGACCUAAUUUUAAAGAACCCAAAGGCUCCAAAACUGAAGCUACUCACAAGAAAGGUCCUCCUGUCAACGUAACCUGCAACAUUUUUAUCAACAGUUUUGGCUCUAUUGCUGAAACAACAAUGGACUACAGAGUGAACAUUUUCCUGAGGCAGCAGUGGAACGACCCCAGGCUUGCUUACAGCGAGUACCCCGAUGACUCGCUGGAUCUCGACCCGUCCAUGUUGGACUCCAUCUGGAAACCCGACUUGUUCUUCGCCAACGAGAAGGGGGCCAACUUCCAUGAGGUCACUACUGACAACAAGCUCCUGCGCAUCUCGAAAAAUGGCAACGUGCUCUACAGCAUACGAAUAACUCUGAUCCUUGCUUGUCCGAUGGAUCUGAAGAACUUCCCCAUGGACGUCCAGACCUGCAUCAUGCAGCUGGAGAGCUUCGGCUACACCAUGAACGACCUGAUCUUCGAGUGGGACGAGAAGGGAGCCGUGCAGGUGGCCGACGGCCUGACCUUACCUCAGUUUAUACUCAAAGAGGAGAAGGAUCUGCGCUACUGCACCAAGCACUACAACACGGGUAAAUUCACCUGCAUCGAGGCCCGUUUCCACCUGGAGCGUCAGAUGGGUUACUACCUGAUCCAGAUGUACAUCCCGUCGCUGCUUAUCGUCAUCCUGUCCUGGGUCUCUUUCUGGAUCAACAUGGACGCAGCGCCUGCCCGAGUUGGUCUGGGAAUCACCACCGUGCUGACCAUGACCACGCAGAGCUCUGGCUCCAGAGCCUCCCUGCCCAAGGUGUCCUAUGUGAAAGCCAUUGAUAUCUGGAUGGCCGUCUGUCUGCUGUUCGUCUUUUCGGCCUUGUUGGAAUACGCCGCCGUGAACUUCAUCGCCCGCCAGCACAAGGAGCUGCUGCGCUUCAGACGGAGGCGACGACACAUGAAGGAGGAGGACCCGGGCGAUGGGCGCUUCAGCUUCCCCGGGUACGGCAUGGGUCCGGCCUGCCUGCAGGCCAAGGAUGGCAUGGCCAUCAAGGGCAACAACAACAACGCCCCGACCUCGGCAGCGCCCGAGAAAAGCAUCGAGGAGAUGAAGAAGCUGUUCAUCGGCCGGGCCAAGCGCAUCGACACGGUGUCCCGCGUGGCCUUCCCGCUCGUCUUCCUCAUUUUUAACAUUUUCUACUGGAUCAUUUACAAGAUCAUCCGCAGCGAGGACGUCCACAAGCAGUAGCUGAACGAAGGAAAAGGGCAACAGUGACGUGACGCAAACAAAGCAGCAAAACAAAUGAAAAAUAUGAGACGAAGAUGACUCUAAAGCAGAUAUUAUUGCCCCUCUUUUCCAGCCAUACAUCCUGUCCUCUUCUCUCACUCUCCUCCUCUUUGGUCAAGGAAUUUGCUGCUUUUUGUGCCCCCCCCCUCCCCCCUCCCCCCUC